GCAGGAUUGUUCCUUCAACGCCGUACACUAAAUUAUAGUUAUUUGUGAACAGUUUUGUCCGUUUACGUGGCAAUAUGAUUAUGUAAAAAAUACAAGUUAGCCCCUACCAUAUACAGAUUUUCCCAAUUGUUGAUUGGUCCCACUUCCCCACCGGCUGGUUAAACGAGCAAGAGCUAGCAUAGCAUUCAAGACUGGGGUACUUGCUGGCAAAUACUAGCUACUGCUAUGAUGGGUGAAUGUCGUCGUGUCAGGAUGUGGGUACAGGUGCUCUGUGCUCAUUUACUUUGUGGAUUGGUGCUUACUUCGGAGCUCACAUUCGAGCUUCCCGACAAUGCAAAGCAGUGUUUCUAUGAAGACAUCGUCAUUGGCACGAAAUGUACAUUGGAGUUUCAGGUCGUUACCGGGGGGCAUUACGAUGUCGACUGCCGCCUGGAGGACCCUGACGGAACUGUGCUUUACAAGGAGAUGAAAAAGCAGUAUGACAGCUUCACGUUCACAGCCGCCAAGAACGGCACCUUCAAGUUUUGUUUCAGCAAUGAAUUCUCCACAUUCACCCACAAGACUGUAUACUUUGACUUUCAAGUCGGAGAUGAUCCUCCCCUCUUCCCCAACGAGAACAGAGUCACCGCCCUCACACAGAUGGAGUCUGCAUGCGUAUCCAUUCAUGAGGCACUGAAGUCGGUGAUUGACUACCAGACCCAUUUCCGUUUAAGAGAGGCUCAGGGCCGCAGCCGGGCUGAGGACCUUAACACCAGAGUGGCCUUCUGGUCCAUCGGCGAGGCUAUCAUUCUGUUGGUGGUUAGCAUCAGUCAAGUAGUGCUGUUGAGGAGCUUCUUCUCUGAUCGCAAAACCACCACUACACGUGUUGGUUCUUAAUGCUGUUUCCCCUGCCCUCAGCAUUGUCUGACCCCCUUCCCACAACUCCCAUGAUAACUGCUCUCCAUUAUGGAGACUUCAGUAGACUAGGCCCUGAUCCACCGCUCAGUGGCUUAGAGGGUUUCUGUUUCUUUAUGUGUUUGACUGCUUUUGUAUGUUUCUGUUUUGUUUUUAGUGCUACAAUGUGAAGUUUUUUUUUUUUUUUUUUUUUAACAGCCAAACAAAUAUUUGAACACUGCGGUGAAAGACCUAAUGGCUUAACUUAUUUUGUGGAUGUAAUGUUAUUUUUAUGUAUAUCUGAAUGUAAAAAAAGAAUUCAGACACAGAUCCAGACCCAUCACUGAAUCUGCAUGAUUUGAAAUACCCUGACGUCCUGCAUUCAGACUGCAGCUACACCUCUCUUGUCUGAAAUUCCAGCCUGCUUAAACAAAAUUUGUCACUGUAAAUUGGCCCUAAAAGAUAAGAUGCAUAUCUAUAAGCAGGUUAUUGGAAUUUGCAACAACAUUUAAUGAUAUUAAGCAUAAACACAAAAUAGUUUUCAAUAAGUCAACUCAACAGCGCAAUGUCUUAACCACUAUUUUUUAUUACAUUAGGAGAGAUAUUCUGACAUAGAACACAGGUCUGACUUAAAGGAAUUUAUUAUAUUAGAAUAUAAUUAUGUUGGUUGCCAUUUAGCUGUAUUUUCGUGGUUGUUUAAAUUAUUUCUUUCAGUUAUUUUUUUUAUUUAAAGCAAGCACUGAUAUGAAAAUGGGAAGCAGGUUAAUUCUAUUUCCUUCCAGAUGUGUGUUUUGGGAGAAUUGGGUGGGUUUUUUGGAUUGUUUUGGGCUGAUGAGCAGCUAACCUGCUCUUUUCCAUUAACAUCUGAAUUAUUUUUAUGUUUGUCACAAUAGCUCAGUUUCCCAACCACAGAUAACACAAUAUAAAAAAUUGGAGGCUGAUAAUUCUGUUGGAAAUACACCUACUGUCUUUAUAUGCUUCAAGCUUAGUUUUUCAACAAUACAUUAAGGUUUGCAUUCAAGCUUAGAAUUCAUACACAGCGUGGAACUUACUCUGCAAGGCCUCUGGGAGCGCUGAUGGGAUGAUUAGGGAGGUCAAUCCUAAUGUAAUUGCAUGUGAUGCAAAUUCAUACAGUGUUCCGUAGAAGCAGACAGAGAAAUAUAAGUUGCCAAUUCGGUUCUUGCACUGAAAAUGCUAUGUUGGAGGAUCUGUCUAGUAGGUUCAUGCACUGAAAAGGUGCAGUCUGAGUUCAGCAGUGAUAUUUCAACUCAUAUUAAAUCAGGAAAGGAAAGGCUGUGGUUUAGUCUCAGAAUCUCUGGCUCCUGUCAGAAAAUGUCCUGGUGAAACUGAGCAAUUAACUCUGGUGAAGAGGUAAUUAAAUCCCUGCUCAGUUUGACUUCUUGUUACUAUGUUGGUUGUUUUCAGUUGCACACAGUUUAUUGAUAUAAUUACUCUCCCCUCAUGUGAUGCUGUCAGUCAUCAAGUCACUAGAGGGAAAGGUAUUUCCUCAGACAGUACUUCUGUUGUCAUCUGAUUAGUGUAUUCAUUAUUGUACACCUCACCCUGACCCACUUCACAUUUCAAAUCAUGCACACAUCAGCCAACACACACCACAAGUUCCUGAUCAUAUACCAGAGCAUAUGCCAGUGUAAUGGGAUUUUGGAAAAUGUGAAAUGAAAACAAACAAGUUCAGUUAUGAUAUACGCUUUUGUCAAAAUGAAAAUGACAAUGUACAUUGUCUUUAUCCAGUUCUGUAGAAUAAAGUCUGUGUGACUUUU